CUAAAGCAGAUUAUUUGCACAAGAUACUGUAAUAAUACCUAUAUAAUACGAUGCAAAAUAAAAACCUCAUAAAGGGUUGGUGCUUUGAUCUGAUAUCAGUUUUGUGUUUUCUUUCAUUCAUUUUUCUUAUAAGGCUUUGCAUGUACAUUUAUAAGAAAUGUAGCUUCCUCUUACAGAGUAAUCACACUUGUGCAUUUUAGAGCUUGAAGUGGGUCCCUGAUGAGGAUGUAAGCAGUGACAGCUCACUUCCACCACUAAAUCCAAGUAAAAGAACUGGUAAAGGAAGUCAAAAAGCAUUUCAAAUGAAAUUCAUGUCUGGUGCUGUCCCUUCAGAUACUUCACAUACAACUGAAAGCUGUCAAGGACUGGAGCAGAGAGAUGAUGAUCAUCAUAGCAGUCUUUUAAACUUACCAGAAUCUUCGAUACAUGGGCAGGAGAGAUGUGCUGAUAAGGCUGCAAAACCAAAUGAAAAUUGCAGAGUCCAGUUUCCAGAUGACCUUUUAGUUUUGUCUGCAGCUGUCAUAGAUGGUAAAUGUAUGUAUGAAAAGCCAGUCCAAAACUCUGAGGUCAUUGACCUAUCUAAGCACCAUCUUAUUCAGCUUAAGGAUGGUGAUACUGAUGUGGUUACAUGUAAUUAUGUCACUGGUUCUGAAGAAGUUAUAUUAGCAACUUAUCUGAUACAGGUAGAGCCUUCUACUAAAGAUUUCAAAAUCCUGGGCCAGAGUAAAAAUGUUGUCGUAUGCGCAGAAAGAGCCCUUAUAUACUUUGUUACAACACCCCUUAACGAUGAAAAUGUUGUCACAGAAUGGUAUAAGAAUAUUAAUGGAAAGACAACCAUGUUGGGAAAAUGUGGCCCUGUGGUAGAGGUAGAUGAACAAGGAAUCUACUGGGCCAAAGCUAUGAAAUUUGGAGCACAACCAAAAGAAGCUACAUCAGAACCUAUUGAAGUUAGAAUGGUUAAAAGCAAAGAGAAGGAAGAGGAAAAAACUAUUACAAAAUAUCCAGAUGGAUUGGCUGUGGUGUCAACUAAGGAUUUUGAACUCCACAAAAGCAAUCUUUUAGGAUCUGGAAGCUUUGGAAAUGUGUAUUCUGGAAAUUAUUAUGGACCCGUUGCCAUCAAAGUUCUUCCUAUCCAGAACAGGGAAAAAGACUCCAUUGAAAAUGAGAUUCAAAUAUUAGGGAAGCUACGCCAUGAAAACAUUGUACAUAUGGUUGCUGUUUCUUGGACAGAAGAUACUGCUUUCCUGUUGAUGGAACUGUGCAGAGGAGGUAGUAUGGAGCAGUUGAUUGGAAAAGGAGAUUUUGCCACCAAGUGUCAUUACUUCCAGCAGGCAUGUGCUGGCUUAGAAUAUCUACAUGAAAAUGGAAUUGUGCACAGGGACAUCAAGCCUUCAAAUUUGUUGUUAAAAGGGGGGAUUGUCAAAAUUACCGAUUUCGGCGUGUCCAGGUUAAAAGACAAAAUUCGAAGUGAGGCGACUAAAAGAACAACAAAAGGAGGGGGGAAAGGCCCUGGUACCCCCCUUUACAGGGCACCAGAGUUAUGCAAAAACAGCAGUUUAAAGGAUCAGCCAUCAUGCGAUAUAUGGUCCCUGGGCUGCACUAUCCUGCGUGUUUUCGUAGGAUAUGUGUGGCCCCAGGGAUCAGACGAAGUGCAAAUCAUCAUGUUGCAGUUACAAGAAGUAUUGCCUGAGGCCAUACAAGGGUUGGCCAAUAAGAAGUUGGAAGUAGCUGUGAAAGCAUGCCUUCAAUAUAAGGCCAGUCUGCGCCCAACAGCCUGGGGUGUUGGCUCCAUGCUAGGCCAAUGUUACAAUGAGAAGGAAUUUUUUGGGGCUAGAAUAUUUUAAAAACAACUCUUUAGUACCACCAGCAUGUACGCUGGCAGUAUUCAUGGCUUUUGUCCCGACCUAUCUCAUAUGGCUCUGCAGGGUGUCGUGAACUACAAGUCACCGUUACCGCUUCUCCUCCUAGAACAUUAUUUCAAGGUCAAACAGGUCACAUUUUUCUAAAAUUGCUAACUUUCUUGUGAAAAACAGUUAUUAUUGCAUAUUUUCAGAAACUACACAGAUCUAAUCUAUAAUAUAAUGGGCAGGUGUUACCCUUAGGGUAAUCUUUCAUCUUUGUGAGUUUGGGGUCAAUUGGGGCAUUUUCAGUCGAGUAGUGGCUAUUAGAUGCCAAACUAAAAACUCUCUAAUUCUGGAACCAUCAUUGCUAGAGACCUUGUUUUUUUUU